AUGCCUCCUACCAAUCCCUCUCGUACCCUCCUGACCGCGCCGCUCCCUCGUCGCUGCUACACCGUCGGUAGCCUCUCUCACGCCGCCGCUGCUCGACCAAACUCGUCGACGUCAUCACCACUACGGUAUCGCUCUGACACACGACCAGCGACGACGACGACAGCGGCAAGACAGGAGAAUGUUUGCAGUUCGUUACCAUGUGCACGGCGAGGCUAUGCCACCAUAGCCGGCGACCCAAUGUCGGCAGCCUCGACGGAUCCCUCUUCGUCGUCUUCGCCAUCGCCACCAAACGACAUGCCAUGGCCCAAGGCUCCGAAAGGUCAUUCGCACCCUACCCCAUAUCAGAUCCUCUCGACAACCGAAUCCGAGCCGUACAGCAAACGCCGCUUUUAUGAGCUGGUAAAACUAUAUCAUCCCGAUUCUGGCGCCUGCGAGAAGCACCAUCAUCACCAUAGCGUACCACAGCCAUUGCGCCUAGAACGAUAUCGCCUGGUCGUAGCCGCCCAUACCAUUCUCUCGGAUCCGGACAAACGCAAGAUGUACGACCGCUUCGGCGCUGGAUGGAGUGGUGUGCCCAGCACAGCGGGCGGUAAACCUGGAGCCGGAACACCCGCAGGUCCUUUCAGCGGAUGGCGCCAUCAUGCAGACUCGGACAUCUGGGGAAAUGCCACAUGGGAGGACUGGGAACGUUUCUACGCUCGUCGAGAUGGUGUGGCCCAACAACCACGAUAUCUCUCCAAUGGCAACUUCAUCCUAUGCGUCAUCUUGCUCGCAAUGAUAGGGGCCUCGCUGAAUAUAAGCCGAGCAGAAUCUGAAGGUGACAAGGUCGUGGCAGCAAGGGAUCUGGUUCACGAUCGCGCGAGCAAGGAACUUAGACGUGUGCGUCAAUUAUCCGAAAACAGGCCUAAGGAAGAGCGUAUCCAGUUUUUCCUCAAGCAAAGAGAGGCUACUAUGCAUGGUGUUGGCGUUGAGAGCUUGAGGGACGACAAGGUAGCCAAGUUGUUGCCCGAGCAGGAGACCUGCUUGAGCGAAGAGCUACGAAAUGGUGGAAGCGAAUCAUGA